AGUCAUCAUUUCCGUGUGCCGCUCCACAGGUUGAGAGGUUGCCUGCGCCAAGUCAACGACACGUCCUCCAGGGUGGUCGGGCAGGCGUUCUUCAACGUGAUCGGCGCGCCUUGCUUUGACUUCGUCUACGAGGAGCAGUGUGCAGAGCGCCACUGGUACGGAUUGUGCAAACGGUACGAGAAGCUGCCCAUUGCCGUGGUAAAAGACGCCGUCCCGUACGACUACGGCGGCAUCGCUGCCAUUGACGUGUUGACCAGAGCUCCUCCCAAGAGGAAGGAUGACAACAAGCAGGAGAGCGCAACGCAAGCCACCUUGUAUGGCCCCGAGGGCCCUUCCCUCGGUAACACGGUCACCGCCGCCGAGGACUUCAUCAAGGUGCUCGCCACAGUCUCCUCCACAUCCACCGCCGACUCCGACAAAGACUCGCAAAGCUCGGAGAUGAAAAAGAAGAAGAAAGACAGCGCCAAGAAGAAGAAGAAGAAGAAGAAGAAGAAACAGGGAAAAGGGUGGAAAAGAAAGCAGAAAGAAGUUCAAGUCCAAGGAAGAGGAACGGUUUCACCUUCAGGAGGAAAAACACAAAGAGAAGACGUCCCUGUGACUAACUUCAUCACCGACCACCAGAUAGGCAUACAAAGACUGAGUGAGGGUCAAACAGGGGCUUCCAAUGACAUCAUGAAGGAUGAACCACUGACGGAGACUGCAGAGUCUCCUCUGACACCCGGAGAAACCAGUUCUCCUUCUCGGUCUCCACCAAGGAAGGGAAGGAACAAGGAGAAGGUACCCUUGACUUCCCCAGAGGAGAUUUCCCAACUUGCAGUCGACUCUACUGACAACUUUCCUGGUGUACUGAAGUCACAACCUGAACAACAACACCCUGUUGAGGAGAUCCCUCAACCGGAGGUUGAUUCAACGGACAACCUAAGUGUCAUUCCCACCCCAAUGUCGCUAAAACGCACUGCCAAGAUCUUUCAACCUGUGGUUGACUACAUCGACACUCUCAGUGUCACAACUCCUACGGCAGCAGAAGAAACUGGUCCAACUCCUGGGUCUCUGUCAAAAACACGGCCACCAAGGAAGGGCAGACGAAAGGAGAAGGUAGAGGAGAUCCCUCAACUUGCGGCAGACUCUGCAGAGAACCCAAGUGCCACUUCGAUCCCCACCAUAGUGACAUCACAACAACAUCCUAACAAACAGAUCCCUCAGCCUGCACUGGAUUUCAUCGACAACCUCAGUGUCACAUCACCUCAGACACCAGAAGAAAUAAGCCCUCCUGGUGGGUCUCCGUCGAAAUACAGGCGACCGAGGAAGGGCAAGAGAAAGGAGAAAGAACUUGUGACUUCUCCAAAGGAGAUCCCUCAACCCGCAGUCAACACCACCGACAACCUUUAUGCCAUUGUGACCUCGCAACUCGAACGUCAACGCCUUGGUGAGAUCUUUCGACCUAGUGUAGACUCCACUGCCAACAGUAUAAUAAUCCUGGCAUCCAACCCCGGACGAAAGUACCCUGAGAUCCCGCAAUCUGUGAUAGACUCCAUCGCCACUUCCAUCCCCGCCAUCGGUAUCUCUCAACAUGUAGUCGACUCCACCGACAACCUGAGUGCCACUUCCAUCCCGACGUCACAACGCAAACAACAACGCCCUGCUGAGGGACGACCUGUCCCCGGCCCUCCAGGCACCCCCAACGUCACAAGAAACCAAUCGCAAGAGAAAGGAGACAAGAAGGGCAGGAAGAAAAAGAGGAAAGUGCGGCUGGAUUCAGGCGCUCAAAGCACGACGCCGGGGCUCACCGCUAAUCUCGCUCAAAGUCCGGACUUUGUUACAGCCGGGGUUCUGAAAGUUAGCGUUCCGAAGAGACAACGGUCCAGAGAAGGGGGUCGGAGGAAUAAAAGGACGAAAGCAACUACUGAAAAUGUGCUGUUGAAAAGUCUCACAACAACCACACCACCUGACCCAGUAAUCGGCCACACGAGGAGAACCAAGCCCAAGAAGCCGGGGAGGAAAGCUACGUCCACCGACAUUCAACGUGGCCUUUCGAUUUCAGAAGUCCCGGGUUUGACGUUGACACCCGUUCCCGCCAAGGAGAGAGUCGGACAGUCGAGAAGCAGUUUGCCCCCCACCCUGAAAAUGAGCGCCAUGCAGCGGUCGAUGGAGAGAGCUAGAGAGCAGUUUGCCUGGAAGAAGAGAAGAAAAGCUGCUCUGCUCAUCAGACCACAUUGACACUUGCGGUUUAGCUGACUUUGCUGAUGGAUGACGUUAAGGCCAACGGAAUCAUCUUUUGAAGCGUCAACAUUGAAAAAUCAGAAAUGGACAACAAAUCAUAUUUGAUUGUAUUGUGAUGCUCAUAUAUUGUAUUGUGCGUGCUGUGAAUAAAGCUAACCAAUAAGUACAA